AUGAGCGACAAGCAGCCGUCCUCGACCCCGUCCACGACGCCGUCAAAGGCCGAAGAAUGGACCGGUCCCAAGGCGCAGAAAUACGACAACAAAGCAUAUAGCGAGUAUUUUGACCCUUGUCAAGAAGCGGCAGACAAGAGCAUCCGGUGUUUGAAGCGCAAUGGCGGCGAAAGGGCAAUGUGCUCGGACUUCUUCCAAGCGUAUAGGGAGUGCAAAGAGCAAUGGCAAGCGGCAAGAAGAGAGGCGAGGAGGAAUAAGCCGUGGUUCUGA